AUCUUCCCUGACUGAGCGGUUGAUACCAGACUGGCCAACGUAUUUUACGGCGAUGGCGUCGGCUCACUCUUUUAUUAUUUUAUUCAGAGUAAAUGUAGUAAAUGGCAUUUUUGUCUGAAUCUGCGCAGUUCGCCAGGAGGAAAUCGGUAAAAUGAAAUGGAGGUCACUCGGACCAGACCGUCCUUGUAUGGUGAGAUCGACCCAGAGAGCAGCUGCGAGGAACGCAGAGACAGACUCAGUCUUUGUUUGUGCCUCUGCAGCUCAUGGCCUUGGAUUCUGGACGGACCGGUCAGCGGUGCACGAGGCCGCGGCCCAAGGCAGAGCUCUCCAGCUGCAGCAGCUGAUCGAGGGCGGCGCGGCGGUCAACACGGUGGCUGUGGACUCCAUCACCCCGCUGCACGAGGCGUGCAUACAGGGACAGAGCCUCUGUGUCCGGUUGCUGCUGGACGCCGGUGCACAGGUGGACGCUCGUAACAUUGAUGGAAGCACUCCGCUGUGUGACGCCUGUGCAGCCGGGAGCCUAGAAUGUGUCAAGCUGUUGUUGGAGUAUGGAGCAACGGUUAAUCCUCCUCUGUUCACCUUCUCACCUCUGCAUGAGGCGUGCAUGGGAGGAAAUUCAAAGUGUGUUCAGCUCAUGAUUGAUCAAGGGGCUUUGAUGGAGGCCCACGACUGCCACUACGGGACACCGCUUCAUGUUGCCUGUGCCAGGCAACACUAUGACUGUGCUAAGGUUCUCCUCAAAGCCGGAGCCAACGUGAAUGCUGCCAAGCUACACGAGACUGCUCUUCAUCACGCAGCCAAAACAAAGAACGUUGACUUGAUUGAGCUACUUGUGGAGUUUGGGGGAAAUGUGUACGCCAGGGAUAACCUGCACAAAAAGCCCAUCCACUACACCAGCCACGGAUCUCCCUCUUAUCUCUGCCUUGAAUUCUAUGAAAAAACUCCCCUCAGUCUGCAGCAGAUCAGCAGAUUGGCCGUGAGAGGGGCUCUUGGCAAAGGCGCGUGCAAAGUUGUUUCCAAGCUGGGUUUGCCCAAUCGUAUUAUAGGUUUUCUUUCUUACACGCCACCUCCAGUGUUUGAAAUUUAGUCAUGUAAGGGGAUCUAAGCAUCUCGGACCUAAACAGUUAAAUCUACAGUAUAUCUGGUA